AUGUCUUCUCCGUACAACGAACUCAAUGGUGACUCCUUAUAUGCCACUAACGACAACAAAACUGAUACAGAGGGCGUUCUUGUUACCGGCGCAGCACCAGGGAUAUUCUUCUUUGAUAAUUCAACAGGGCAUCUAGCCACUGUCUCAGAUAUUAGCAGCGAGACACGCUUCGGCUAUACGCUUUAUUCUAAUUACACCGGCAGUGUGCGUUUUGACGUCCUAGAGAAUCACAACACUACUACUGUCUAUUACCCCAAGUUCGCAUUUGUUCAAAAUGAUGGCGGAUGGUUCGUUCCACUUGCCAACUUGUCCUUUAUCUGGUGUCAAGAAGGCUCUCAUGUCGAUGAUCCCCUGUAUAUGCCGGGGAGUGUGGCACUCUCGCUGACCAGAGUCGUCGAUGAUUGUUAUACCAUUUCUUCCUUGACAGGGGUUGACCCAUCAUCGUUGUAG